UGGAGAGUGAGAAUUCAAGAUGACCAACGAAGAACUUCUUCCCAAAAAGGUUCGGCUGAGUGAGACAGACUUCAAAGUUAUGGCCUGGGAUAAGUUAAUUCUAAGAUGGAAAGAGUAUGAAGCAUAUGUUCAAGCUUUGGAGGGCAAGUACACAGAUCUUAACUCAAAUGAUGCCACUGGUCUAAGGGAGUCUGAAGAAAAACUAAAGCACCGACAGCAAGAGUCUGCACGCAGGGAGAACAUCCUGGUCAUGCAGCUAGCAGCCAAGGAGCAGGAGAUGCAAGAGUGUACGACUCCAAUCCACUAUCUCAAGCAAGACCAGCAGCCGAGUGUUGCCCAACUGAGAUCAACAAUGGUAGACCCAGCGAUCAACUUGUUUUUCCUCAAAAUGAAAGGUGAACUGGAACAGACUAAAGACAAACUGGAACAAGCCCAAAAUGAACUGAGUGCCUGGAAGUUUACGCCUGAUGGGUAAACAAAUCAUACUCCCCAGUCAAGACUUCCCUGACAGUCCCACCUCGAGAAAGCUGUGGUGGGACAGCCAAGUACUCCUUUCCACACCAAGACUCAGACUUUUUGAG